AUGUAUCUUUUUAACUUGAUCGCCGCUGGUGUGUUUCCGUACUUUGGACGACCUACUACAGCGUUGACCUGGCACUACUUUCCCUCGCUAUACGCGGCUCGCAGCACUACAUCUCCUGAUUUUGCUCCCACAUUUCCUCCCACAGCUGACGGAGGAGCUGUCAGACAGCUGCUGGCCAACACGACGUUCAUUAAGAAUGUCCAUGUGCGUCCCACUGGCGGCUUACUGUUCUCAUCCGUCAGUACUAACAGCCUCUACGCUCUCGACCCUACAGCUGCUGUACCGGCCCCUAUUAUCGUGGCAAACAUGAGCUAUGCUACGGGGCUGACGGGUAUCGCAACGUUGAACGAUGGGAGGAGCAAAUCCCUCUUUGCCGUCAGUGGUGGCAUCCAUUUCUCGAUGGGUUUUGAAACUGGCAGCUGCGCUGUUUAUGUAGUCUCGGUUCCCCGCAACGGCAAUAUAGGGGAGGUCACCGACCGUAUCCCGGUCAACGGAACUCUCAAUGGCAUGGACUCUCUACCAAUCUUCCCCUGGAUCGUACUCACCGCAGACUCCGUGGGCGGCCAAAUCUUCCGAGUGAACACUCGAAGCCGGAAGGUUGAUGUGAUCGUCUCCGACCCGGCCAUGCUCGGCCCCGGUGGAUCAGCUCUUCCGAUCGAGUUGAACGGUCUCAAGGUCUUUAGUGAAUACGUUUACUUUACAAACUCGGCACAGGGAUUUUUUGGCCGUAUGCGAAUCGAUAUCUUUGGCAGUAAGGCUGGUGAGGUUGAAAUACUAGCAAAAUCCAGUAUCGAUGGGAUGUCAAAUAUCUUCGAUGAAUUUGCAAUCGAUGCCGCCGGAAAUGCCUAUAUUUCGAUGCAUCAAUAUGCGUUUAUGAAAAUUACCCCAAGUGGGAAGCAAACAUUAUUCUAUGGCAGCGUUGGGGAAUAUACGACUCUCUAUCAGCCUACGGCGGCAGCCGUCUCGAAGAAGAAUAAGCACAUCUUGUAUCUAGCGACUGGUGGGAUUACGAUUGAUGGGUUAAAACAUGGGGGACAGCUUUAUGAAGUUAGGAUAUCAAUUCCAUGA